CUUAAUUUCAUUACUCAUUUAGUGAAUUAAAGUACUCUUCAUUUUACCCAUCUCUCUAAUAACCUUUUUAAUCUCCAUUUGUCUCUUAUUUUGUGUUAAUAUGUCAAAAGAUAACAAUAAUAAUGAACAUGAAAAUAAUUAUCCUGAGAUUCUUGAAAGGAAAACAAAAUUACAUCGUCAUGAUUCUCUUGAUCUUGAAGCCGCUAAUGUUAAAGGCCAUAAUAAUGGUCAUGACUCUAAGGGUGUAAGUUGGGGAGUGGUAUUGUCAUUGGCAUUCCAAAGUAUUGGUGUAAUCUACGGAGACAUUGGGACUUCACCACUUUAUGUGUAUGCAAGCACGUUUCCACAAGGAAUUAAAAAUAAAGAUGACAUCUUGGGUGUUCUUUCACUCAUUUACUACACCAUUACUUUGCUUCCUUUGGUCAAGUAUGUCUUCAUUGUCUUAAGGGCCAACGAUAAUGGCAAGGGGGGAACAUUUGCAUUAUAUUCUCUUCUAUGCCGAAAUGCAAAGGUAGGUUUACUCCCAAGUCAAGAAGUUGAAGAUCAACAAGUCUCAAAUUACAAAUUAGAGUUGCCAACAAAACAAUUAGGGUUAUCUUUGAAGAUCAAAACCUUUUUAGAGAAAACUACAUUCAUUAAAUAUCUUCUUUUGAUUGUUACAAUGCUCUCUACUUCUUUGGUUAUUGGAGAUGGUGUUCUUACUCCCUCUAUCUCAGUUUUAUCUGCUGUUGGAGGGUUAAAAGAAGCUUCAUCCUACUUUACUGAAGGAAGGGUGGUUUGGAUAUCAGUUGGCAUUCUAAUAGUUCUAUUCUCAGCACAAAGAUUUGGGACAGAUAAAGUUGGAUACAGUUUUGCUCCAAUUGUUAGCAUUUGGUUAUUACUAAAUGCCGGAAUUGGUGUCCAUAAUUUUGUCAAAUACGAUCCCACUGUUGUCAAAGCUGUAAAUCCUUGGUAUAUAAUUCAGUAUUUCACAAGGAAUGGCAAAGAUGCUUGGGUCUCUCUUGGAGGUGUGGUUCUUUGUGUUACAGGUACGGAAGCACUGUUUGCAGAUGUUGGCCAUUUUUCAGUGAGAUCAAUCCAAUUAAGUAUGUCAAGUGUUGUAUACCCAGCUCUUAUGUUAACAUACUCGGGGCAAGCAUCAUACCUUCGCUUACACCAAGAUAAAGUCAGUAAUGCAUUCUAUAAUGCUAUACCAGAUCCAAUGUACUGGCCGAUGUUCGUUGUUGCGGUUUUAGCAGCAAUCAUAGCAAGCCAAGCUAUGAUCUCGGGCACGUUCUCGAUCAUCCAACAAUCUUUAGCUCUAGGGUGUUUCCCUCGAGUUAAAAUCGUUCAUACAUCCAUCGAAUUCGAAGGCCAAGUUUACAUCCCGGAAGUCAACUACAUUCUGAUGUUGGCCAGUGUGUUUGUCACGGUUGCUUUCAGAACAACCGAAAAAAUAGGUCAUGCUUAUGGCAUAGCAGUCGUGUUUGCUGAGACAAUUACAUCGUCUUUCAUGGUACUCGUAAUGAUAGUGAUUUGGAAGAGGCAUAUCUUAUGGGUGAUUUUGUAUGUAUGCUGCAUUAUGUCAGUCGAGUUUCUAUAUUUGAGUUCGGUGAUGUACAAAUUCCCUCAUGGUGGGUACUUUCCGAUAGCAUUUGCUAGCAUCCUACUUGCGACGAUGUUCAUUUGGAACUAUGUAUAUCGAAAGAAAUACUACUACGAAAUGGAGAAUAAAGUAUCACCGGAUUGUCUAAAGGAGAUUGGGACUCGAACAAAGUUGAGGAGGGUUCCGGGUUUAGCAAUCUUCUACUCCGAAUUAGUCCAUGGAAUCCCUCCUAUCUUUACGCAUUAUGUAGAGAACAUCCCAGCUUUGCACUCGGUGCUUGUAUUUGCAUCCGUUAAGUCAUUGCCUAUCAGCACGGUUCCAAUAGAGGAACGAUUUUUGUUCCGUAGAGUUGAUCCAAGGGAGCUCAACGUGUUCCGCUGUGUGGUUAGGUAUGGUUAUGCGGAUACUCGCAAUGAGGAAGAGCCUUUCGAGACAAUGCUAAUUCAAAGGUUGAAAGAGUUUAUGAGAGACGACUUUUGGGUACAAGUAACGGAUAAUAACCCCCCAACACCAACUUCGAAACGAGAGUUCGAUUCUCACUGCACAGAGGAGGAAUAUAUCAAGGAUGUUGACGAUGAAAAUGUAGUGCAAUCAAAGGAGGAAGCAUUAGAGAACGAAAUAGAGGUAAUCGAUAAAGCAUGGCGUGCAGGGGUUGUACACAUGAUGGGGGAGAGCGAAGUGAUGGCAAGUAAAAGGUCCGGGAUUGGAAAAAGGAUUGUUAUUGAUUUGGCUUUCAACUUUUUGAAGAGGAAUUUACGGCAGACAGAUAAGAUGUUCAAUAUCCCUCGUAAACGACUACUUAAAGUUGGGAUGACAUACGAACUGUAGAAAAGAAGACGAAACAUUGCAUCCAUGUUUCCCGGAACAAGCUUCUCAUGCAAGAACAUCAAGUUUAUGUGCAUACAGUAAACAAGUUUAUAUUCUUAUAAUUUGUAUUAAUUGGGUCAUUCAACCCAUAUAUGGGGCAGUCUCACAGUGAAACCGUCUCAUACUACAAGUUGUGUUAUUUUGUAGUUUAAAAAACAGGGAUCAUCCUUCGACGUUUGUUAUUCCGGUAGAGAUUCUGAAUCUCCUUCUUCCAUUCACAUAGAUAAACACUUUCAUGUAACCAUUUACUCCUAUCUAUUCUAUAAAGAUGUCGAAGUUGUAUUA